AUGAGUGAGAAGAAAGAACAGGGGAAAGAAAUGAUCAAUGAAGAAUUGUACAGGGGCUGUCUUGUCUGGAAAUGUCACGGGAUAUUACAUCGAAUAUGCCGGUGCCGGAAUGAAUAUAAAAAAUGGGGAUUGUUCGACUCGACGCUUUUAUGCUGCUUUGGUUGGACUGAAAAUAACGAAGGUGCGAGGCAACCGCAACUGUGUCAGCCCGAGCAAAUCUACAGAACCGUUGUGGUCACGGAGCCGAGCAGAGACCCGAGUGAAUAUGAUGAGGCCGAUUUGGAAUUCAUGUGCCAGCGGGAUAUAUCAAUCGACAUGGGCGUCGAUGACGUCGAAGAAACAGCAAUCAUGGGACUUGACAAUGUUGACGUGCUAGACAAUGGAGUAAAUGAGACUGCUGAUUUAGAAUAUGAGAUGAAAAUGUACUGCCAGGUCGAUGACGCAGGCGAUACAUUUGGCAACGACUAUGAUGCAGGCGGCGGUGGAGAUGAUUAUUAUUGA